ACGUAGCGGAGACAAGAUGGCGGCCCGGGCAGCGGGAGCCGGAGUCCGGCUCGUGUAUUGAGGAGAAGGAAAGGAGAAAUCCAGGCCGGCCCGUAAAGGGCGCGGGGCAUCGGCCUCAGCGCUUAACUUUAACCAGAGGUGAUUGUUUAUUUGAAAAUCAACAAUGACAUCUAUCAUCAAACUGACCACCAUUUCUGGAGUCCAGGAGGAAUCAGCCCUGUGCUAUAUGCUACAGGUGGAUGAGUUCCGCUUUUUGCUUGAUUGCGGCUGGGAUGAAAGCUUCUCCAUGGACAUAAUUGAUGCACUGAAAAAAUAUGUUCAUUUGGUUGAUGCAAUCCUCCUUUCUCAUCCUGAUCCCUUACACUUGGGAGCUCUCCCUUAUGCUGUUGGAAGGCUGGGUUUAAACUGUGCAAUUUAUGCCACAAUUCCUGUUUACAAGAUGGGACAGAUGUUUAUGUAUGAUCUAUAUCAGUCUCGACACAACACUGAAGAGUUCUCCUUGUUUACUUUGGAUGAUGUAGAUGCAGCAUUUGAUAAGAUUCAACAACUGAAAUAUUCCCAGAUUGUUAACUUAAAAGGUAAAGGACAUGGUUUAUCCAUAACUCCUUUGCCUGCAGGUCAUAUGAUUGGAGGAACAAUCUGGAAGAUUGUAAAAGAUGGAGAAGAGGAGAUUGUGUAUGCAGUUGACUUUAACCAUAAGAGAGAAAUCCAUCUGAAUGGAUGUUCACUGGAAAUGAUUAGCCGGCCCUCAUUGCUCAUCACAGAUUCUUUCAAUGCGACCUAUGUUCAGCCACGAAGAAAGCAACGAGAUGAACAAUUGCUCACCAAUGUUCUGGAAACUUUACGUGGUGAUGGCAAUGUGCUAAUUGCCCUGGACACUGCAGGCAGAGUGCUGGAGCUAGCUCAACUUCUCGACCAAAUCUGGAGGACAAAGGAUGCUGGGCUAAGCGUCUAUUCUCUUGCUUUACUUAAUAACGUUAGCUAUAAUGUAGUGGAGUUUUCUAAAUCUCAGGUGGAAUGGAUGAGCGACAAGUUAAUGAGAUGUUUUGAAGACAAGCGAAACAAUCCCUUUCAGUUUCGUCACCUUUCUUUGUGCCACAGCCUAUCAGACCUGGCCAGAGUGCCCAGUCCAAAGGUUGUAUUGGCCAGUCAGUCAGACAUGGAAUGUGGGUUUUCACGUGAUCUUUUCAUACAAUGGUGUCAGGAUCCAAAAAAUUCUGUGAUUCUCACUUACAGAACGACACCUGGAACACUGGCACGAUACUUGAUAGACAAUCCUAACACCAAAAAAAUGGAUAUAGAGAUUAGACGUCGUGUAAAAUUAGAAGGGAAAGAAUUGGAAGAGUAUCUAGAAAAAGAAAAGCUCAAGAAAGAGGCAGCUAAAAAGCAGGAACAAGAGAAGGAACGAGAUGUUGACUCUAGUGAUGAGAGUGAUGUUGAAGAAGACAUGGACCAGCCUUUGACUGGAAAAACCAAACAUGACCUCAUGAUGAAAAGCGAGAGCAGUCGCAAAGGAAGUUUUUUCAAACAGGCUAAAAAAUCAUACCCUAUGUUCCCUGCAGCAGAGGAGAGAAUGAAGUGGGAUGAAUACGGAGAAAUAAUAAGAGCUGAGGAUUUUUUGGUUCCGGAACUUCAAGCAGCAGAAGAAGAAAAGAGCAAGCUCGAUUCUGGUCUGAGUAAUGGUGAGGAGCCUAUGGAUCAGGAUUUAUCUGAUGUUCCAACAAAGUGUAUCUCAGCUUUAGAAACCGUAGAAAUCAGAGCCAGGGUGACAUAUAUUGAUUACGAAGGACGCUCAGACGGUGACUCUAUUAAAAAAAUUAUUAAUCAGAUGAAACCCCGACAGUUGAUCAUUGUUCAUGGGCCUCCAGAGUCCAGCCAAGAUCUGGCUGAAUCGUAUAAAGCAUUUGGUGGAAAGGACAUUAAAGUUUACACACCAAAACUUCAAGAAACAAUAGAUGCUACCAGUGAGACGCAUAUCUAUCAGGUUAGACUAAAAGAUUCUUUGGUCAGUUCUCUACAGUUCUGUAAAGCAAAGGAUGCAGAGUUAGCUUGGAUAGAUGGUGUUUUGGACAUGAGGGUAUCAAAGGUUGAUACAGGGGUCAUUCUGGAAGAGGGUGAGUUAAGAGAGGAUGAAGAAGGAGAAAUGCAGGUUGAUGCUCCCUCAUCUACACAUAACUCUGACCAAGUUUCAGCUCAGCAAAAAGCUAUGAAGAGCCUUUUUGAUGAUGAUGAAAAAGAGACCAAUGAAGAUCUUGAUGUAAUUCCCACACUGGAACCAUUGUCACCAAAUGAGGUUCCGGGUCAUCAAGCAGUCUUCAUUAAUGAGCCAAGGUUAUCUGAUUUUAAACAAGUUCUCUUGCGAGAAGGUAUUCAAGCAGAAUUUGUUGGAGGUGUUCUGGUUUGCAACAAUUUAGUUGCUGUUCGAAGGACUGAGACAGGACGUAUUGGACUAGAGGGAUGUUUAUGUGAAGAUUAUUAUAAAAUACGGGACCUUUUGUAUGAACAAUAUGCAAUUGUGUAAUUGCACGUGGAAUAAUCUUGAAAGUCUAUGGAUUUUACUCUCUAGGAGUUUCCUCAAUUCAUCAUUAUGCCGGAAAAUACUUGUGAAAUAUAAAACAAAAAUCUGGACAAUUUUUUCUGAUACAGUAGCACUUGCUCAUAAUUUGUAUCUGUUUUCUUUCAACUCCAUGAAAGAAAUUUGUGUGGAACCAUUUUGUUAAACUUGAAUAUUUUCUGUCUUCACCAGUUCUGUCUCUGCAUUUUUUUGGUGAUAACUUGGAGUAUAUUUUACUGGUUCAAAAAACUAUACAAAUGAUGACAAGAUUUAUUUUGCCUGGUUUUCUGAUUAUGCUGCCAGAGUUACAAAUUCAAGUAUCCCAACCUUCAACUUGUUAGUCUGUGAAAAACUGGCUUAAUGUAUUGUAGAGUGAAGUAAGAUAUUGACAGAUCUGAAGGGUAGUUUUUCAACUGAUACAGCUUGAAAUAAUUUUAAUGACUUUUGUGUUUUUGACAGUACAAGGUUGUAUUUUGUUGUGAGUUACUAUCCACUUCCUUAAUACUGUAUUAUAAAGCUGUUGAGAUUAGUUAUUAGGUAUUAGUAAAGUUAUAAUUGUUGAACUCAUAAAUAUACAGUUUCCUUUUGAAGAGUGUUGGUAAAUAGUUGCAACGCAUUUGUAAAGGGUAAUUUAAUUUUGAGCUUGUGUUAUAGAUUAAGGUUUUGAAUUAAUUUUGAAACCCAAGAAAUAAAUAACAAAAUUGUUAAUAAAACUUCUUUAAAUUUCCUUUUAAAGGAAAUUCAUCCCAAGUUUUGCUGGAACUGAGCUUCCUUAUGGGAAGCUGUAGUCUAUGACGGUGAGUAUUGGGAUAUUUAUUUGACAGUUAAGGGUAUACUAUCUUACCCUUGAUAUCUAGUCAUAUAAGUUUUCAGUGGAUGUCUCUUUACAAGAAACAAUUUUCUGCUGGAACUGAGGGAUGGUGAGAUCAAUUGUGGUAUCCCUACCACCCAUCACAGCUGUGAUUAUUUGAGGUAUGAGGUAAGUAUAAUUUUUAAUUAUAUUCUCAUAUUAUUGAAAUUCUAGUAAAAUAAAGGUAGGGAGCAAGAAAACCAUUCUAAGAGCUGGUAUAUUAGUUUUUUUUAGUAAAAGAAAAUCUAUAAUGGAAAAAAGUCAAAGGCAAACACUACUUUGAGAGCUGCUCACUAGCAAUCUAAUGUAUUGCCAUCCAUCAUCCAUUUUCCUCCAUCAGAUAUAAAAUCUGGAAGAUUACAAAUCUAAUAAGAGAAAGAAUGAAAAACUACUCUUUUGAAAAUAUGCCAUGCCUGAUCUCCUGGAUGCGCCAAGGAAGCUCUAUUUCCUUUUCUACAGCAUUGUGUUAGCCCCUGAUCGUAUGUCAAACUUGGGAAAAUACAAAUUCACUGGUUACAAACAAAAUUCACAUUUUAUUAAAUUAAAGGUAACCCUUAUCUUGAAUGUCAGGGCAGGUUUGAGGGAUCAAGUAGCCUACUCCCCCUAAGUUGUACAGUUGUAAGUACUAUUCACUCUGGUACAGCACUGGAGAAGCACUGCUCUGACAACUCAUUUCAUUUCAGGUACAUAUAAGUCAGUAGUAUAUUUAUUGGAGCACAAUAUUUGAAUUUAAAAAUGUAUUACAUUUGUAUUUGAAUGUAGAUUUCCUGAUGCGGCACAAAAAUGCAGACUUCAGAAUAAUGCCUCAAUUAGAAACGUAAACAGUCAAAAAAUUCUGACCAACACUUUUAAUAAUGGAAAUUCCUAGGCAUUAACUAAAUGUUUUAUUCUAGCCUUAUAAAAUUUGUAUUUUCCCAGAUGCUAUCUUAGUUUAAAAAAUGCUAUCCAUAUGAUGUGUAAGAUUUUAUAACUUUAGAAAUAAGAAAUAAAAAUGUCAAUAAAAUAUUGUUUCAUUUUCAGAUCCUCAAUGAUUUAUACUGAUGUAAUUUGGUAACAGACAAAUAGCAUGUUGUGAUGGGUUAUCUCAGUUUAAGAUUCCUGUAAAGUGGUUAUGUUAGGAAUGUCCAUUUGUAUUCUGUUUACAAAUAUUGAAGACCCACUGUAUAAUUUCUGGCAUACUUUAUUUUGAAACUGAAGUCAGUCUUGAAAACAAGGCAUAAAAUAAGUUAUAAAUAGUUAAAUUGCAGUUUCACUAGCAAUUAAUUGAUUAAUGCCUAUAUAACAAUGCACUCAACCAAGCUCAGUGAAAUGAAUCACGUUCAGAUCAUUUUCUGAUUCCAUUUUUAGUAGUGAGCUAUAAAACAGGGCCCAUUGCUAUUUAAAUGCUUCCUCUGUCAUUGUGAAAUAACAUCCCUUCCUUCAUAAUAAAUUCUACCUGUUUGUAUCGUUAAUCCUUUUGGUCAUAUUAUGGAACCAAACUUAGAUGUUUCAAGAAGGGGCUAAACUCUGAAAGCCUGUGAUUUCAAAUAAACCUGUUUGACCAUAAC